CUCUCUCUCUCUCUCUCCCUGCCUCACUUUACCUCUUUUCUUACAUGAAAUUUAGAUCCAAUCCCAAGGCUUAAAAGUCAUUGGAUCUCCAAUAGAUCUUCAGGGACAAUAUCUCAGAGUUUCACCAAUGGCUCCACUAGUAUACUUCAGUUUCCGUAAGGUACUUUUGCUUCAACUUGCUUUGUUUUUGUUGAUUUCUAUGCUCCUUUGUGCCUCCAUUGAGAGCCAUGAGCUUCAAACCAAUCGGUUUGGUGCUAGAAGAAGAUUGCUAGAGCUUGAAGAAGAAGACCAGCAGCUGAUAAAGAAAAAAAGCUCCAGUUUGUCCACCAAGAACAACCAAACCAAGCUCAUCAAAGCUUCAAACCAAUCCACUAAAAACCAAACCAAACUUAUCAAAUCGAAUUUGUCCACCAAGAACCAAACCAAGCUUUCCAAACCUACCAAUUCAACAACAGCAGUAACACUCUCUACCCUUUCCAAGUCUGAACUCAAGAAGCUCAAUUCCACUUCCCAAUUGAAGAAACUCAAUUCCACUUCCCAAUUGAAGAAACUCAAUGCCACUUCCCUCCUGAAGAAGAACCUCAAUUCCACCUCCCAGUUAAAGAAGCUGAACUCAACAUCAAAAGCCACAAACUCCUCUAAAACCAGCUCACUGCCCACCAAAAAAGCCUCGGAUCUACUCAAACUUAACCCAUCCAAGAACAAAACAACCACCAAACUCACUUCCAUAACAACACUGGCAGACAAAAAAGUCACUGACCCUGAAUCUUCAAAACCCCAAAAGAACUCAAACAAAGAGAAAAACCCCACGACCCAGAAACCAAAACAACAAAAAAACCAACCAAGCUGGAUAGACCAAGAAGAUGAUUCUGAUUUAGUAUCCGAGUUCCGAGAUCUCCCAACCAAGUUCCAGCAAACCCUUAUCCCAGACCUUGAAAGAAUCUCAACAACCUCAAAAGCUUACUUAACCAAAUACAACAAACAAAUCACGAAACAAUUCAAACCAUAUGUUGGAAACAAGCAUGCCCCUACCAUUGCCACUGUAAUCUCUUGUGCUUUCAUUUUGAUCCCGUUAGUCUUUGUCUCCCUUAUUUUUAACCGCAUCAAAACCUACUUUUCACUACAAAAAAUCCUCAUUUUCAUCCAAGUCUACCUCUCGAUUUACUUCUCCAUCCUUUGCCUCACUUCCCUCAUUACUGGGCUCGAGCCAUUGAAGUUUUUCUACGCCACUUCGCCGUCUACCUACGUCUGUUUGCAGGUGCUUCAGAAUCUUGGGUACGUGCUUUACUUGUUGCUUCUUUUGAUGUAUCUGAUUCUUGUUUUCUCAACGGAGAGCGGGCUGGGCUCCAAGAUGUUGGGCCUGGGCCAGACCUUCGUGGGAUUCGCUGUUGGGCUGCAUUACUACGUGGCGGUGUUUCAUAGAGUGGUGUUGGGUCAACCGCCCAAGACUAACUGGAAGGUCCAUGGGAUGUACGCCGCGUGUUUCCUUGUGAUUUGUCUGUGUGCUAGUGCUGAUAGGAGAAAGAAGGCUUACCUGGAAGAAGGUGGUGAAGAGGGAAAGAAAAAUUAAUUUACUUCUUUUUUUUUUUUCGGCUACAUCAUUACUAUUAAUUUAGUUGGUCCAAAAUCUAUAAUGCUCAUAAUCUCAGCCACUUAAAAUUUGUAGCAAGAAAUAAAAAUUUGUUGUCAUAAAUAAGAUUGGCUGAGAAAUUUCCAAAGGUCAAUUUUUCUUGUUAAUUAUUUUUUUUUUCUUUUACCCUUUUAUUUUUGUUAAUUUCUGGUUUGUUAGAUAGAAAUGUAAUUAGCCCACUGUUAUAUCUUGUGGGCAUUGUAACGCCAUUGAGCAAAGCAAUCAGAUAUGGUGUUAAUUACUUUUGAAAAUAGAGAGGAAUUUUGCAAUUGUAUUUCCA